AUGACAACUCUUGGCUAUGGUGACAUGGUACCAGCAACAAUAAUGGGUAAAGUUGUUGGUGGUGUUUGUUCCCUUAGUGGAGUUUUGGUAAUUGCACUUCCUGUUCCAGUGAUUGUGAGUAAUUUCUCCAGAAUAUAUCAUCAAAAUCAACGAGCUGAUAAGAGAAGAGCUCAAAAG